AUGGUGAAGUUUGAACGGGGAAGAGGCACUAGCCUCUGCCCCCGGCUUGUUACAGUGCUACUGGUGGGAUUCAUUGCCAGCAUCAGCAAUGCUGCUUCUGCAAAUGUAGAGGGGGGUCGUAUUUUGAGUGAAAAUGAAGACGACAAGUCUCCACCAUACUACUACAAGUCCCCUCCUCCCCCAUCACCCUCUCCUCCACCACCAUACUAUUACAAGUCUCCACCACCACCAUCUCCUCCUCCUCCUCCCCCAUACUACUACAAGUCACCUCCGCCUCCAUCCCCUUCACCACCACCCCCAUACUACUACAAAUCACCUCCUCCUCCAUCCCCCUCACCACCACCACCAUACUACUACAAGUCACCUCCUCCUCCAUCUCCCUCACCACCGCCAUCAUACUACUACAAGUCACCUCCCCCUCCAUCACCAUAUCCACCUCCACCAUACUACUACAAGUCACCACCCCCUCCCUCACCAUCUCCACCUCCACCAUACUACUACAAGUCUCCACCCCCUCCAUCGCCAUCUCCUCCUCCUCCCUAUUACUACAAGUCUCCACCCCCUCCAUCGCAAUCUCCUCCACCCCCUUACUAUUACAAGUCUCCACCACCUCCCUCACCAUCUCCUCCUCCUCCCUAUUACUACAAGUCCCCACCACCUCCUUCACCAUCUCCUCCUCCUCCUUAUUACUACAAGUCUCCUCCGCCACCCUCGCCAUCACCUCCACCACCAUACUACUACAAGUCCCCACCUCCACCAUCACCUUCCCCUCCUCCUCCCUACUACUACAAGUCCCCACCUCCACCAUCACCCUCUCCUCCUCCCCCAUACUACUACAAAUCACCUCCUCCUCCAUCCCCUUCACCUCCACCUCCUUAUUACUACAAGUCACCUCUUCCUCCAUCACCAUACCCUCCUCCACCAUACUACUACAAGUCUCCUCCUCCACCCUCACCUUCACCCCCACCUCCCUAUUACUACAAGUCUCCUCCCCCACCAUCCCCUUCACCCCCACCUCCCUACUACUACAAGUCUCCUCCUCCCCCCUCCCCUUCACCUCCACCUCCCUACUACUACAAAUCUCCUCCCCCGCCAUCUCCUUCACCCCCUCCACCAUACUACUACAAGUCUCCUCCCCCACCCUCACCAUCACCUCCACCACCAUACUACUACAAGUCCCCACCUCCACCAUCACCUUCCCCUCCUCCUCCCUACUAUUACAAGUCCCCACCUCCACCAUCACCCUCUCCUCCUCCCCCAUACUACUACAAAUCACCUCCUCCUCCAUCUCCUUCACCUCCACCUCCUUAUUACUACAAGUCACCCCCUCCUCCAUCACCAUAUCCUCCUCCACCAUACUACUACAAGUCUCCUCCCCCACCCUCACCUUCACCCCCACCACCCUACUACUACAAGUCUCCUCCUCCCCCCUCCCCUUCACCUCCACCUCCCUACUACUACAAAUCUCCUCCCCCACCAUCCCCUUCACCCCCACCUCCUUACUACUACAAAUCUCCUCCCCCGCCAUCUCCUUCACCCCCUCCACCAUACUACUACAAGUCUCCUCCUCCACCGUCACCUUCACCCCCACCUCCCUACUAUUACAAGUCUCCUCCGCCACCAUCCCCUUCACCCCCCCCUCCCUACUACUACAAAUCUCCUCCCCCACCAUCUCCGUCACCACCUCCACCAUACUACUACAAGUCUCCACCUCCACCAUCACCUUCACCCCCACCUCCCUACUACUACAAGUCUCCUCCCCCACCCUCACCUUCACCCCCACCUCCCUACUAUUACAAGUCUCCUCCCCCGCCAUCCCCUUCACCCCCUCCACCAUACUACUACACAUCUCCUCCUCCACCGUCACCUUCACCCCCACCUCCUUACUACUACAAGUCUCCUCCCCCACCGUCACCAUCACCUCCACCACCAUACUACUACAAGUCCCCACCUCCACCAUCACCUUCCCCUCCUCCUCCCUACUAUUACAAGUCCCCACCACCACCAUCACCCUCUCCUCCUCCCCCAUACUACUACAAAUCACCUCCUCCUCCAUCCCCUUCACCUCCACCUCCUUAUUACUACAAGUCACCCCCUCCUCCAUCACCAUAUCCUCCUCCACCAUACUACUACAAGUCUCCUCCCCCACCCUCACCUUCACCCCCACCUCCCUACUACUACAAGUCUCCUCCCCCACCAUCCCCUUCACCUCCACCUCCUUACUACUACAAGUCUCCUCCUCCCCCCUCCCCUUCACCUCCUCCUCCCUACUACUACAAAUCUCCUCCCCCACCAUCUCCUUCACCCCCUCCACCAUACUACUACAAGUCUCCUCCCCCACCGUCACCUUCACCCCCACCUCCCUACUACUACAAGUCUCCUCCCCCACCGUCACCUUCACCCCCACCUCCCUACUAUUACAAGUCUCCUCCCCCACCAUCCCCUUCACCCCCCCCUCCCUACUACUACAAAUCUCCUCCCCCACCAUCUCCGUCACCACCUCCACCAUACUACUACAAGUCUCCACCUCCACCAUCACCUUCACCCCCACCUCCCUACUACUACAAGUCUCCUCCCCCACCCUCACCUUCACCCCCACCUCCUUACUACUACAAGUCUCCUCCCCCGCCAUCCCCUUCACCCCCACCUCCCUACUACUACAAAUCUCCUCCCCCACCCUCACCUUCACCACCUCCACCAUACUACUACAAGUCUCCUCCUCUGCCCUCACCUUCACCACCACCUCCAUACUACUACAAGUCUCCUCCCCCGCCCUCACCUUUACCCCCACCUCCCUACUACUACAAGUCCCCUCCCCCGCCAUCCCCUUCACCCCCACCUCCCUACUACUACAAGUCUCCUCCCCCGCCAUCCCCUUCACCUCCACCUCCCUACUACUACAAGUCUCCUCCCCCACCAUCCCCUUCAUCUCCACCUCCUUACUACUACAAGUCCCCACCUCCUCCAUCUCCUUCUCCUCCUCCACCAUACUAUUACCAAUCUCCACCUCCACCAUUAUAGAUU